AUGGCUGAAAAUCUUGUUUCCCAUGUCAUCAAGCAAUUGGACAUGAUCAUAAAAAAAGAGAUCAAUCAAGAAAUAUCAGUGGCCGAGGGUGUGAAAAAAGAUUUCAAGAAGCUCUUCCGUACUUUGACGGAGAUCAAAGAUGUGCUAAAGGAAGCUGAAAAGAAACAAUUCAAGAAUGAUUCAGUGCGAGUUUGGUUACAAGAUCUGAAACAAGUUGUCUAUGACAUUGAUGAUGUUUUGGAUGAGUGGAGGUCUGAUGAUAUUCUCAUCAAAUCCUCCUCCAAACAAAUAGAUGGAGUUGUUGUUGAUGAGGAUGCUAGCAGCAGCAGCAGCAUCAAUCCGACUAAGAAGGUAUUAUUCCCCAGUAACUUGUUUUCUCCUUUCUUUUCUUCUUCUUCUUCUUCCAAGCAUCAUCAUGACAUUGGUCAUAGGAUAAAGGAGAUAAAUAAAAGACUGGAUAGAGUUGCAAGUUUGCGUUCUAAGUUUCAUUUUCAAACUCCUAAACAAAAUGUUAGAGAUCUAAGCUGUAGGGUUUCUAGAAGAACCAAUGUUGACAGGUUCUUAAUUCGUCGUGAGGAGCAUGAUAUCAUAAUAAGCAAGUUGCUAAGUGGUCAUGAUCAGGGUAGCAGUACUCAACGAGGAGAUCAUAAAGUGGUUUCUUCUGAUGAAAUCCCCAAAAUAAUCUCCAUUGUGAGCAUGCCCGGUAUGGGCAAAACUACACUUGCCCGCCGUGCCUUCAAUGAUGGUAGGGUGAAGAACCAUUUCAAUAAGAGAAUAUGGGUACACGUAUCCAAAACUUUCAAUAAAAAGAAGGUUGCCAUGCGCAUUAUUGGACAAUUUGGUGGUGGUGGUGGUAAUGGUAACAUUACCAUUACCACCCAAUUAGUCAGUUGGGAAGAUGUGCGUCAUCUACUGAAUAGUUGUGUUGAUGGAAAGAAUUUCCUACUUGUGUUGGAUGAUGUAUGGAAUGAGGAUAGUAGUUUGUGGGAACCAUUGUGGCUUUCUCUCAAACGCGGUUCUCAAGCAAGUAGAAUUAUUAUCACAACAUGCAAGGAGAGUGUUGCAGGCAUAAUGGGUACCACAUAUCUUCAAAGCUUAGGAAAGUUGUCUACCAAAGAUUGUUGGUCAUUGUUGAAAGAUUAUGCCUUUAAUGGAAAGGGUGACGAAGAGCGUGAGGAGUUGAAAGAAACUGGCAUGAAAUUAGCAAACAAGUGCAAUGGAAUGCCUUUUUCUCUAAAGACUUUAGGAAUUCUUUUGUACUUCAAAGGUUCAAUAAAAGAAUGGCAGUCUCAGUUGAAUAGUGAUGUAUGGAGCACAGUUGCAUCAAGCGUUGUUGAUAAAACUGUCUUGCCACCACCAGCGGCUCUGUUACUAGUCUAUAACGAUUUGUCCUCUAAUUUGAAGCUAUGCUUGGCAUAUUGCUCUCUCAUCCCGAGAGAUUAUUAUAUUGGCAAAUUGUCCACAAUCUAUGAAUGGAUAGCACAAGGCUUUCUUGAUGAUGAAGGGUUGACUGAAGAAUUGGAUCUAAUAGGUAACAAGAAAUUUGAUGACUUGGAAAUGUUCUCAUUGUUUCAAAAAGAUGCAGAAAACUCAAAAUAUUACCAAAUGCAUGAUUUUGUUCGUGAUUUUACAAAAUCUCUCUCUGAGAAUGAAUGCUUCACUUUGACAAUUAAAGAUACUAAUGCUCCUCAGGAAUUCAACCAUAGUAGAGCCCGCCAUUUAUAUCUAUUAAUGGAAGAUCAGAUAAGUACAAUUCCCCCUUUCGUCUACAAGGCAAAGAAUCUGCGCACUCUUAAAAUCUUUGGACAGAUUCUUUCAGUUUCUUCUCAGUUAUGCCAUCACUUACCUUGUCUAAGGACACUAGAUUUGAGUGGUACUAGCCUUGAAGAGCUACCAAAUGAGAUAGAGAUGUUGAUACAUCUAAGGUACCUAAACUUGUCUGAGGCAAGGUUUAAGGAACUACCUAAAUCAAUGACUAGUCUCUGCAAUUUGCAAAUAUUAUACCUUUCCAGAUGCAGGAAUCUUUGUAAACUACCUGAAGGGAUUGGGGAAUUGCUCAAUUUGAUGUAUCUUGAUCUGACAGAAUGUCACCAACUAAGAUACUUGCCAGAAGGAAUUGGUAGAUUAAGUAAAUUGCGUCUAUUGUCAGACUUCAUUAUUGGUGGGGUGGAGAGAGGAGGAUGUAAAAUUGGAGAAUUAAAAGAUCUCAACUUACUCAGGGGUUUUCUACGUAUAAUAGGCUUGGAGAGAGUGGAAAAUGGAGACGAGGUUAAGAUGUUAUGCUUGAAGAAUAGGAGAUACCUUCAUGAUCUGUAUUUCUAUUUUAAUCAGUAUACCGGUUGUUCAGGAAUUGAUGAGGAGGGUGGCAUUGGUGGAGAAGAAGAAGUUGAUGGGGAAGGUAAAACAGAAGGAGGAGAAAAAGAAGCAAUUGAUGAUGGAGGGGGAGAUACGUUGUCGAAGAGGAUGGAGGAUGUGCUGGAAAAUCUCCAACCACAUGAAUGGUGUCAGAAACUAAUAAUUAAGGAUUACCCCGGUGCUUUGUUCCCCAACUGGAUGCGUGGUCAUUUAGAGUUCAGGAAUUUCUACCACCUACAGUUCUUGGAACUCUCUGGGUGCAGGAAGUGUGUGCAAUUGCCUCCAAGCCUUGGGAAACUACAUACCCUUAGAACACUUAUAAUAACUGGAAUGGAUAAGUUUAAAUUUUUGGGUGCUGACUUUUUUGGAAUCAAUGGUGGAGCUACAACAAGUGAUGGUAGUUUUGACACAAUAUUCCCAAUGUUGACAGUAUUUAAGUUGGCAAGGAUGCAGAAUUUGGAGGAAUGGGAUGACAGAGAAAUCGGAACAAGGAUCAUUGACGUGGAUGAGAAUUUCCCCAACAAUUUCACUUCCAAUUAUGUGCAUACAUCUUUCAAGUCUCAGGUUCUGCUUUUUCUGGUGGAAUUGGUGAUGAUGGUGUCUUUCCUUGGGCUUCUCAUGACGUAG